UUUAACAAAUCUCUACUGAGAGUGUUCUUGAUACAACAGUGAGAAGCUUGCCACUUUCUGACCUUUUGGAUUUCCAUCUAUUUUAUGACAGUUUGAUUUCAUUUAAUGUGUCUUUGUGUUUUUAUUGCUUUUACUAAUUUUUUAAAACUAUUUUUACUAUGAAGCAAUUUGUGACUGCUGUAUAAGAAAGAUGCUAGAUAAAUAAAAUGGACUCUAAUUUUUCCAAGCAGUCUUACUCUUUCUGAGAACAAAGUAGGUUUGUGCUUUGCUGUGGAAUCUGGAGCUCUCACUUCAGUGGCCAUUGCUCAUGAUGUUCAAAGGCCUGGCUGAUUAUCCUUGUUCAUUGAUGCUCAAAUGAUCUCUUUCUGAACAUCUAAUUUCUUUUUUUCUCCCCAUCUCACUAAUUGCUUCAUAAAGAAUCAUUGGCCAUGGUGCAAAUAGGACUCCACCUCCUGCCACUGGUCCUUUGGCUUGGCACAGAGGAAAAGCUCCAAGUUCAAGGCCACAGAACAAAACCAGCUCAAGCACCUUUGAUCCCUCAUCUGCCUUUUGUUAUAGUCUGGAACGCCCCUACCGAGUCAUGUCGCCUUCGAUUUAAGGUGGAUCUAGACCUCAGCAUUUUUGACAUUGUAGCAAACCUUAAUGAGACAUUAAGUGGACCGAAUGUCACAAUAUUCUACCAUGGUCAUCUGGGAUACUACCCAUACUACUCCAGCUCAGGUAUUGCUAUCAAUGGUGGCCUGCCACAGAACCAGAGCAUUUCCAAACAUCUGAACAAGGCCCGAGUAGACAUCGACAAGCUAAUACCACACAAGGAUUUUCGAGGCCUAGGUGUCAUUGACUGGGAGAACUGGAGGCCUCAGUGGGUACGAAAUUGGGGUUCCAAAGACAUCUACCGUAAAAAGUCCAAGGAACAGAUCCACAAGCUCCACCCACACUGGCCAGAAAGCAAAGUCGAAAAAGAAGCAAAGGAUCGUUUUGAAAAGUCAGGGCAAGCUUUCAUGAAUCUCACUUUGGCACUGGCUGAAGCGCGGAGACCAGACGGUCUGUGGGGGUUCUAUCUUUUCCCUGACUGUUACAACUAUGGCUACAAACAACACCCACAAUGCUAUACUGGUGAAUGUCCCAAUGUUGAACAUGUACGCAAUGACCAUUUAAUGUGGCUCUGGAAAAAAAGCACAGCCCUCUACCCAUCCAUCUACCUGGACUUUGAGCUGAAAUCUUCCUCAAACACCAUCAAGUUUGUUCACUAUCGAGUGAAAGAAGCCAUGAGGAUAGCAACCAUUGCACGUACAGACUACACAUUGCCUGUCUUUGUCUACUCCAGACCUUUUUAUGCCUACACCUUUGUUGUGCUUUCAGAGAGUGACUUAGUUCAUACUAUCGGGGAGAGUGCUGCUUUGGGAGCAUCAGGUGUUGUCCUUUGGGGAUCAUCAGAAUAUGCUCGGUCAAAGAGAAACUGCCUUACUGUAAAGAAGUACAUUGACGGACCGUUAGGACAUUAUGUCAUAAAUGUCACCGCAGCAGCUAAAUUAUGCAGCAAAGCACUUUGCAAGAAGAAUGGAAGAUGUGUCCGCAAGAGCCUGGACUCACGUUACUAUCUCCACCUCAACCCACGCUACUUUCACAUCCACCAUAACCCAGCGCCUGGUCGCCCUCGCUUUGAGGUCAGGGGUCACCUCAACAGCCAUGACAUCCUGGACAUGAGGCACAAGUUCACCUGCCAGUGCUACCAGGGCUGGACUGGUGUUUACUGUGAGAUCCCACAGACACAGACACCACCUCUAUCCCCUCCUGUCCUUUGGGGCAAAAGCCUGGUGGCAUAUAUUAUGCUCCUCCUUUCUGUCCACUUCCCUUGUCUGUGCAUUAUCAUGCUCUUGGGACUCUGUCUGGUCAUAAAAGGUCUUAUUCUGUAGACAUAAAAAAUAUCAUAACUUCAUGGUAUUUUCAGUGUUCAGUUUAAACUAGUUAAGCUUGAGAGCAGCCCUCGGCAACCCUGGAUACAUUAACAGUCCAAUGACAAUAAUUCCAGAUUUGAUUUUUGAAUUAUAUGUCUGUUCCUAUCAUUGUACUGCUGCUGAUUACAAGGUUUCAAUGCGUUGAUUGGUUUUUGGAUAUGGACAAUUCCAAGUUAGGACAAUUUCAAGGGCCCUGGACAGACAGGGGCCCCCCACAAAAUAGUUGUUUUUUUUUGUUCACAGAAAUAGAAAAAAUUUGGGGCCCUGUCGAUUAUAAAAUUCAUCAUGUUCCCUUAUAAAAAACUGUUUUUAGCAGUAAAAAUUACAUGUUACCCCUCCUAGACUAAAAAACAUAAAUCUAUAUUUGCACUGAAUUCUUCCCUGGAUUUGCAUGAAAUAGUUUGUUCCUGCUUGACACGCUUGAAGGUGGCGGUGGUUACCAGCUUUAACCUCUAUACCAGCAUAACCUUUAACCCCUGUCCUAGUAAAAAAGGUGAGCAACAUUGUUCAAUGACAAGCUAGUUAGCAUCAUUCCAGUGAGUCUAUAGGGAUUUCUCUGUGUCUUUGCUCUUUUUGCAUUCACAUAACAAAACAAUAUAUUUAUUACUGACAGAAAUUCAAACAAUCUUUAUAUAAUGACAAUGAAAAACAGCCUCCUGUCUGGACUGGAAGCAAUCCAAACAGUUUUACCUUAACUUGCAUUGAAAUUACAGUUAUAUGUUGCCAUGUCCCUAUUGACUCUUAGCCAAUAGAAUGGGACUCUCCUAUGUGACACUGUGUGGAAUCUUAAUGAGAGUGACCUCAGUAGAUUGUAAACCAGUCCCUCAUUUGAGAAAGGGAGUAACUUUGUGCCACUUUUUUAUAUGUUGUGAAACCCUGUAAAUAAAUGAGAAAUUGUGCCUUUAGGCACAAUUGUGUGAUUUCAUCUUUCAUGAAACAGUCAUUGACUGUGAGGCAGCUAAUUUGAGAUUAGCUCUGGAUUUGGGACCAAAGUUUGAAAACAGUGAAUCAGCUUCAGGCUGAGAUUGGGACUAGACUGAAUUUCAAUAUUGCAUUAUGAAAUAUUUACUGCAAACUGCAACCCUGUUACUCAACAUGAUAAUUUUCAAAAUUUGGAAAAAAAACUUCACAGAAUCUGUUUUCUCUUUUACUGAGCAAAUCAGUAAGUAGUGUAUGUCUUAUUUUGUUAUUGUAACGUGUAAGUUAAGCAACAUGUAUAAAAUAAUAAUGCUGUAGAAAGAAGUCAAACUGUUUAUCUUCAUACCAUGUGAUCUAAUUUGGACAGCAGGAUGCUUUCUAAACAAACAGGAGAAACUCAGACUCUGUGCAUUUUUCAAAUAAAUUGAUUAAUUAGUUAACUUUUUGUUUUGGUACUAAUGUGAAAUAUAAAACACAGCCACUUAGUUGAGGCCUAGUCUCUGGACCAGGAUUUGUGGUUUAUGAAGCUAACUUCAGGUUCAGUUUAGAAAUUUUAGUAUUACAGCUCUGCCUCAUGUCAUACUUGGAUCUGUCACUAAUGUAACAUAUAGUAUGAUGCUGUGAUAGUGUCGCUUCUAUACCAGUCAGAGCAAAUGAAAUAAUGAAAAGAAUGGCAGUGCAUGAACACACUUCUUGGUUCUUUUUUUCCUCCUCAGACUCGCAUGUUGAGGUCAGUUUACUCGAAGGCCUUUCUGAUCUCAGCAGAACUGAUUCUUGGGUUCCUAAAACUAAGGCUAAUGAGUAAAAAUUGUUCUAAAAGUUGAAGAUUAGAAUCUAACAUUUUUAUAGUACUAUCUAGUCUAGAGGACACCAAAGCAAUUUACACUACAGUCAGAUAUUGACUUGCGUAUUAGAAAAUGUAGUUUUCUGGUAUUCACACAGGUCAUCCUACUUUCACAACUCACUUCACGACCAAAUGGUCAAGCUUGAUAACAAAUGGUCUAAGGCAGUGUUUCUCCACCGUGGUCCUCACCGCCCCCCUGUUCUGUAUGUUUUAGAUGUGCCUCUAUUCCAGAACAGCUGAUUCAAAUGAUUGCAUGA